AUGGCAAAGACAAAAAGAGAGAAGAAGAAGCAAGAUCCUGUGGCAGCAGAUCAGGUGCUGCUUAGUGGAGAAAUACUGAAUUCCAGUAUUUCGGAAGUCGCCAGAACAGUGGACGGCAGCGGGUAUGCCUUUGUACGUCUGAAUUGUUCCGGGAAAAAUAUUACGAAGAUUCCAGAAGAGAUUUCAACUUACGUGCAUCUGCGCUACAUUGACGUAUCUGAUAACCAUCUAGAUGAUAUCCUCCCCCUCACAAAGUUACCUUAUGUUCUCUCUCUCAAUGCUGCGCGUAACAACAUAAUCGAUAUCUCUUGCUUGGCCGAUGAGACGUGUUUGCCGUCCUGCGCUGUGCUAAAUUUAUCAAAUAACUCGAUUUCCACGCUCUGUACGAUUGCUUUGCCACACUUGGCCAAGCUUACUCUUGAUGGGAACCCCUUUGUCUCGUUCGAAGGUGUCGACAGACUACCUGAGUCUCUGACACAUUUAAGCAUGAGGGACACGCAUCUAAGCACUCUUGCACAUUUGCCGUCGCUCCUUAAUCUUGCCUAUCUUUCUCUCGCGUACUGCCGUAUCGAGUCUCUCACUGACGUUAGCAUGCUGGGUGCGCUAAAAGUUCUUGACAUUAGUGGGAUUCGCCUUCCCGACUUCGGAUCUCUAAAGGUGCUUCUCCUGCUGCCAUCUCUUCAAGAGCUCACUGUUUCCUCCAUUGAUCCGGGAAUGUCUGACGAAGAUUUCAGACAAGAGAUCCUGGUGAUACUCCGGAGACUGCACAAGCUGAACGGAGUUGACGUUACUCCCGAAGAAAAGAAACGGGCCAAGGCGGUCAAGCUCCACAGAAAGAGGGAACAAGAGAAGGCCGAGGAGCAAAAGCGAAUACACGAAGAGGAAGAAGCAGGCCACGAACCCGAAAAAGAGCCUGCCGAUGAAGACAGCCACGCCGGGGCAGAUGUUGCUGAUGAUAAACAGGAGCAAGACGCUUGA